AUGGAGAACGGAUUGACGGAAGUAUGGUCGUCACGAUGGUUUAAAGGAGUACAGAAAGUGUUUUCCCAUUCCAGUCACAAAUAUUUUACAUUGCUUUUUUCUUUAAGCUCCGAAUUGAAAUGCACCGUCAACUUUGGCAUUUAUCUUCCGGACUUGAAAGAAGGGGAAAAGGCACCGGUCCUUCUAUAUCUUUCAGGUCUUACGUGUACAGAAGAUAAUUUUAUCAGAAAAAGCGCAUUUCAGAGGUACGCUUCUGAAUUAAAAAUGAUUGUCGUGAAUACUGAUACAAGUCCUAGAGGAGAUGACGUUGAGGACGACCCGGAAAGUUAUGAUAUAGGAAAAGGUGCAGGGUUUUAUGUGGAUGCUUUGAAUCCAAAAUGGGAUCGUCAUUACCGGAUGUACUCUUAUAUCACCAAGGAAAUUCCACGUUUGAUAACGGAAAAUUUUCCCCAGUGUGACAAAAAUAAGUGGGGUAUUUUCGGUCAUAGUAUGGGCGGCCAUGGAGCUAUUGUCAUAGGUUUGAGAAAUCCGGAUAUCUUCAAAAGCAUUUCUGCUUUUGCUCCCAUUUGCAAUCCAACUAAGUCCCAGUGGGGACAAAAGGUUUUUCCUGCUUAUCUUGGUACGGACUCAAACAUCUGGAAGUCUUAUGAUGCCGUAGAAGUGAUAAAAGCAUACUCGGGUCGUGAAGUCAAAAUCUUAAUUGACCAGGGAACAGUAGAUGAGUUUUUAGAGCAACUAAUGCCUAUCAGUCUUGAAGCGGCACCUUCUAACAAGGUUCACAUACAGUUGCGGUAUCAAGAGGGAUAUGACCAUUCUUAUGCUUUUGUCUCUACAUUUAUCGAAGAACAUUUAAGGUUCCACAAAGAUGUUCUAUCUCAAACAUCGACGUAG